AUGAACGACACGAACGGGACUAACGGAGUCAAUGACGCUGCCACUGCAGCACUCUUCCCCGCCCCUGCACCCGUGCCCUCAACGCUCUCUCCACGUCGCUGGCCAGGCGUCGACGCCGAGUCGACCAAGGCGCUGCUCAAGGGCCUACGGCACAACCAUGUCCAGUGGGACAUGUACUUUGACGACGUUGGGCGGCACAACCACUCGCCGCACCAACUGCUUUCCAUCUGGGCGAUGGGCGCUUCCGGACCCGUCAUCGAUGCCGCGUAUAAGAUGGCCUGCGUCUACCAGCGCGAGCUGGGGAAGCCACCUGAGACGAUCACCAAGGCGAAUGUAUGGGAUCAUUUAGGUGAUAUGAAAUACUUCGGCUCGUACAGCUCGUUCUUCUGCCACGAAAUCCGCGAAAAGGGGUUUACGCGCGUCAUGGAGGAGUACGUCUUCUCGCGCUACGGCAACAUCAGCGACAAAGGCUCUGUACACCCUGUGAUGGUCAACCGGAUCUUUGGCGGCAUAUUCCACCCUUGGAUCCACAUCGGGUUUGGCGCCGAGUUUGGUCAGCCUGGUUUAGUUGCCGAAGGUCUGGCCAUGGCAUGUACCCAGGACGGCAACCCCAACACAUUGCUUCAGUUGGAUUCAUGGGAGCCCAAGUCUGGUGACGCCCCCGGCGUCCUAUCCGCCCUGUCGAACCUCUCACUCAACGCCCUCUUGAGCAAUGGUACCACCACGGCCCGGCCAUCGUCGCGUGGCCUUCACGCGUUGGCUAUUCUCGCUCGCAUGCAGGCUGACCCUGCGUUUGACGACGUCAAAGACGAGGAGCUGAAGCCCAGCUUUUACGAGGACACAUUCAAGCUGUACGGCGAUGCGCUUCGGAAGUACGCGUCCAUGUGGGAGAUUGACACUUCGACCGAGGCGGGCUCGCGCGAGGCGUUCGAGCAACUUGCGUUGAUUGUGACGAUCAUGUACGGCGUGGCCGGCUGGACGAAGGAAAAUGCUCUGCAGCCCGAUUUUGUCUUGGUGCACCUCGUCACCUCCGCCUUAUUCUUCCCCUCCGUGAACGCCUACCUCUCCCGUCCCGAGCUGCACGCUGUCCUCCUCCGCGCCUUCUUCACCCUCGCUCUCGGCUACUUCGUCGCCCGUGGCCGUCCGAAGGUCGACCUCGCCACCUUCUACGCGCACACCACCACCCUCGGCACCCCGCGCGGCGCCGCUCCCCAGCCCGCCGUCGGCACCCUCCCCGGAUCAAAGUCCCCGCACGCGCUCACGCCCAACACGUGGCUCCCCAUCAUGCAGACGUCCCUUGUCCACCCGAACGAGCAUCUGCCCAAGGCGCAGCGCUCGUUCGCGCAUUUUGCCGAGCUGUUUGGACACUAUGCGCCCGGGGAGAUCGCGCGCAAGAUCGGCGCGGACGCUGCGCUGCUUCCCGGUGCUGAGCGGCUCGAUGGCACAGUGUUUGUGCGUGUCGCACUUCUUACAGCUGAUGCUAUGGGUUGGAUGCGCGAGGGCCAGGAGAGAGGGCUGUGGAGCUACAGAGGGUUCUGCAAGGAGGUAAAUGAGAUCCACUCGUGGGAUGCUUCGCAGUAUGCGGAUGCAGUUACAACGUGAACGAGUAAUGUGUAAUACUAUAUUCUUCAAAGCC